GUUCAAUUUGUCAUAUCGGUUCUAUGCUGCAUGCGAAGGAAUCCGUGUGAUAUCUGGAAACUGAAAUAUUUGCCUGUCCACGGGGUAUACGAACAUAUACUAGCUUGUUUCAUUGCUACAGAAAUUGCACAGCGGUCUGAAUUUUAUAAAAUCCCCAAUAGAUCUCGUUAUCAUAGCACUUUGCCGAAAACCUUCAUCCAAGAAUUUUCCAACUUUCCGCAUAAUGUCAAAACUAGAUAUUGAUCCUUUGGCCGCUAAGUCAUCUUCGCCAGAGUCUAACAAAGAUGCAGGUGAUCUAGAUAGUACUCGCCUGAAAGAAUCGGCAGUGUUACCCGAUACAGACCCGCAAGCAGCAUCUCUUUCUGAAGAGAGAAUCGCCAUUCACGAAGAUACAGGAGAUGGAACCAAGGUGUCGGACCAAUAUCAAACCGGUGUCCAGCUCUGGACGUCUGCCACGGCAUGCCUCUUGGCUUUGUUCCUCAUCAGUCUUGACUUAACUAUUGUAUCCACAAUCCUUACAGAAAUCGGAACCGAAUUCAACUCCUUCGACCAAAUCAGUUGGGUAUCUGCCGGCUACAUUUUACCGAUGACUGUGUUUUGCGUGGUGUGGGGUAAGCUCUCGUUGAUAUUUGGUCGUAAAUGGACGUUGAUGGCGAGCUUAUCCAUUUUUCUCUUAGGCUCGCUUGUUGCUGGCUUGGCCAACUCGAUGGGAAUGUUACUUGCGGGAAGAGUUGUCUGUGGGAUUGGAGCUGGGGGUGCGCAAACUCUGGUGUUUAUCAUUAUUUCCGAGUUGGUUCCUCUCUCUAAAAGGCCCGUAAUGAAUAUGGCUCUAUCUGUGACAUUUGCUAUUUCAGCAGCAGUAGGCCCGUUGCUAGGAGGUUCCUUUGCGACGAAUGUCAGCUGGCGGUGGUGCUUUUAUUUCAAUUUACCCGUGGGAGGUGUUAUCUUGAUUUGCUUGUUCUUCUCGUAUAACCCUCCAAAGCCUAAAUUUGGUGCCUCUAAUGGGGAACAGUCUAUUUGGAAGAAGCUCAAAAUGAUUGAUUACGUGGGAACGUUGUUGAUGGCCAUAGCCCUUGCAUUCCUCUUACUUCCAUUAACUUUGGGUGGAUUUGUCUUUCCUUGGAGGUCUGCUGCCAUUAUCUGCUUCUUCGUCAUUGGUGGACUUGCAUUGGUUGUUUUUUUUGUGUGGAAUUGCAAAUUAUCGUCUAACCCAAUCAUCCCUACGGAGCUAUUAGUGAGCCCGCAUGUUGUGGCAUCUUUCUGUGUUGCAGUAUUCUUGUUAGGGGUCCAUGUUUCCAUUACCAUGUACACGGCAAUCUACUUCCAAUCCAUUCACGACGCAAGCAGUUGGACCUCUGGCCUUUUUUUGUUACCCUUCAUCACCGUCGUCACGAUCUUUUCCUUUGGGUUUAGCUUUGUGGUUAGGUAUACCAGGUACGUGAAGCCAUACGCCGUAUUUGCAGGAAUACUAGGUCCUGUGGGUUGUGGGUUGUUCUCGUUGUUGGGAGUUAAGUCUACAUUUUCAGACAAGGUGGGAUUACAGGUCUUACUCGGGGUAUCUUCUGGUAUCCAUUACCAAACAAACUUGAUUGGUGGCCAGUUAGCUAGCCCACCGAACUUACCAGGCUCGAUGAUUCUCACCACCACCUUCAUUACUCUUGGGAGAACGUUGGGAGGCUGUUUAUGCACAGACUUGUCACAGUUGGUGUUCACAUCCACCUUGAAGCGUGGAUUGAAUUCCAGCGCACAGGCAAUGAAGAUUAUUCAAGACAACUCGCUUACUGUGGAUAGUGUUAUUAAGCAACCCGAUAUUGUGAAACUGUUGACCUUCGCCGACCAAAUGGUGAUUAAACAGCUCAUUAUGUCUAGUUUGAGAAACGUUUUCUAUUUAUGCGUGGGGUUUUCGGGGCUUGUACUCCUAGGGGACUUGGCAACUACAAAUAAACGAGUUCCUAAGAGUGACGAAGGAACUGGAGAAAAAGUUGAUCCAAAGACAGCCGAAGAUUGAACGUACUACCUCACAACAAGUCACUGGUGCUAUAGGCUACAAGAUGUAAUGUAACUUUGCCGUCUUGAGCCCCAAUGUGGAUCCAU